AUGACUCAACUCUCCACUACGUCCCCCUUCCACUACGUCCCCCUUCCACUACGUCCCCCUUCCACUACGUCCCCCUUCCACUACGUCCCCCCUCCACUACGUCCCCCUUCCACUACGUCCCCUUCCACUACGUCCCCCUUCCACUACGUCCCCCUUCCACUACGUCCCCUUCCACUACGUCCCCCUCCACUACGUCCCCCUCCACUACGUCCCCCCUCCACUACGUCCCCCUUCCACUACGUCCCCCUCCACUACGUCCCCCUCCACUACGUCCCCCUCCACUACGUCUCCCUCCACUACGUCCCCUUCCACUACGUCCCCUUCCACUACGUCCCCUUCCACUACGUCCCCUUCCACUACUUCCACUUCCACUACGUCCCCCUUCCACUACGUCUCCCUUCCACUACGUCCCCCUUCCACUACGUCCCCCUUCCACUACGUCCCCCUUCCACUACGUCCCCCUCCACUACGUCCCCCUUCCACUACGUCCCCCUUCCACUACGUCCCCCUUCCACUACGUCCCCCCUCCACUACGUCCCCCCUCCACUACGUCCCCUUCCACUACGUCCCCUUCCACUACGUCCCCCUCCACUACGUCCCCUUCCACUACGUCCCCCUCCACUACGUCCCCCUUCCACUACGUCCCCCUCCACUACGUCCCCCUCCACCACGUCCCCUUCCACUACGUCCCCCUCCACUACGUCCCCCUCCACUACGUCCCCCUCCACUACGUCCCCCUCCACUACGUCCCCAUCCAAUACGUCCCCCUCCACUACGUCCCCCUCCACUUCAACCCUCCAAUACGUCUCCCUCCACUACGUCCCCCUCCACUUCAACCCUCCACUACGUCCCCCUCCACUACGUCCCCCUCCACUACGUCCCCCUCCACUACGUCCCCCUCCACUACGUCCCCCUCCACUACGUCCCCUUCCACUACGUCCCCUUCCACUACGUCCCCCUCCACUACAACCCUCCGGUUCAACCCUCCACUACAUCUCUCCUCUCAACCAUUCUGGCCACCAGAGGGCAGCACAACCAAGCAGAAGUCAGAUAUCAAGAGGAGGAGAGUAA